AUAUUCCACUCCAACGUUAAGAAACCCAACUCGAUUCGCCAUUAGUCAGAUUUGACGUUUCAGAAUGGCAGAAGAUGGUCAAGAAAAGCUGUGUCAAGCAAUCAUCAACAAUAACUACGCCUUAGUCAGAUUCCUCAUUGAGGUAAAGGAAUGCAGUCCCAUUGGUCCAUCAAAGUUGGGAACACCAGUGAACGUAGCAUGUGCUCAUGGGCGGAUUAGGAUCCUGAAUUACUUACUAGACCUGAUCGCUCACAACUCCUUGAAUAUUAAUCAAGUUGACUUGGAGCACACCAGUUGUUUGCAUUUGGUAUGUCUCUCAAUGGAGAAGCUUUGGUUGAUCCCCCGGCUCUUGGAACACGGAGCUGAUCCCAAUGUGACAGAUCGACAAGGCCGAAGUCCAUUAAUGAUCUGUGCAGCACGUGGCUUAACUCUGGGAGUGAAGAUACUUACAAAGCCCGCGGAUACCAACCUACAGUUGGAAGAUGAUCAAGGCCAAACCGCAUUAGAGAUUGCCCGAAAGGCCGGCCACCCUGAAACAGCUCAAGUGCUAGAUGAACAAAUUAAGAAAGCAGAGUUUCAGGAGCGCGAAAUUCCAACGGAGCCCGCUAAAUUCAACGAACAAAGUAUCAAGGAUCUGCCCACUUUAUCCGCAAGUCUUUCUAUGAUGGAUAUCGAUUCCAAGAUUGCGGAGGAGUUGGAAUGCCCCGUGUGUUUGGAAGAUAUGCACCCUCCUGUGUUAAUAUUCAGUUGCAGCAACGCUCAUUUGUUUUGUGGCCGAUGCAACAUCCUUGAGCUCAAGACAUGCCCCAAAUGUCGGGAAGAUUUCAGCCAAUAUCCACCCAAUCGAAAUCGCUUGGCCGAACGGUGGGCACAUAAGUUGUUUUCAUAGGCACCACUUUUAUUCAUAUUUUGAUAAGAAUGAUGUUAUUGUUUUUGUAAUACAUUAUGGAAAUGCA